AUGGGAAAAAAGAAGACCGAUGAAGCUGGUGCAUCCAAGAAGGGUAAGUCAGCUGGAAAGGAUGCUUCUAAAGAUAGAGAGAAAGUGCAAGCACCAACAGUAUCCUCCAGCUUGUUCGACAUGGAGGCAUCUUCCUCCAGUUCCUCCAGUGCAAAGGCGAAAGUCGCUUCGUACAUUAAUGAUAUUGAUCUCCCUCCCUCUGAUGACGAUGAGGUGGAAGAGGAACACCAACCUAAUCAGCAAAGGAGGUCAGAGGCUAAGAUGCUUGAUAUAUCCAUGACAGGGAAAGAGUUGAAAAAGCGUGAAAAGAAGGACCUUCUUGCUGCCCAUGUUGCUGAGCUCUCAAAGAGGGAAGCCCUAAGAGAUGAUCAUGAUGCUUUCACCGUUGUUAUUGGAAGCAGGGAUUGUGAAGAUGCAGAUGCUAACAUCAAGGAUAUAUCGAUAGAAGGAUUUUCUGUAGCGGUUAGAGGAAAGGAACUACUAAAGAAUACAGAAGUGAAGAUAUCUCAUGGGAAAAGAUAUGGACUGGUUGGUCCAAAUGGGAUGGGGAAGUCUACCCUCCUGAAGCUACUUGCAUGGAGGAAGAUUCCAGUACCAAAAAACAUUGAUGUGCUUUUAGUUGAACAAGAGGUAGUUGGUGAUGAUAGAAGUGCUAUUGAAGCAGUUGUUUCGGCUAAUGAAGAACUCGUCAAGCUUCGAGAAGAUGUUGCAGCAUUGCAGAAUUCAGAGGAAGAGGACAGUCAUGAUGAUGAUGCAGGAGAGAAGCUUGCUGAGAUGUACGAUCAACUGCAGCUGAUGGGAUCGGAUGCUGCUGAAGCGCAGGCUUCAAAGAUUCUUGCCGGUUUAGGAUUUACGAAGGAUAUGCAAGGCCGUCCCACUAAGUCAUUCAGUGGUGGUUGGAAAAUGAGAAUCUCUUUAGCUAGAGCACUUUUUGUUCAACCAACUCUGUUGUUGCUUGAUGAACCAACAAACCAUCUCGAUUUGAGGGCUGUUCUUUGGUUGGAGGAGUACUUGUGCCGCUGGAAGAAAACUUUGGUGGUUGUCUCACAUGAUCGUGAUUUCCUUAACACAGUUUGCACAGAUAUUAUUCACCUGCAUGAUCUCAAGCUCCACCACUCCAAUGGAAACUUUGAUGAUUUUGAAAAAGGGUAUGAUAAACGCCGCACAGAUAAAAACAAGAAGUUUGAAGAUUAUGAGAAGGAGAAGAGGAAAGCUAUAAGGAGUGGAAGUCGUGUUCAACGAGAGAAAGUGAAGGACCGAGCAAAGUUCUUAGUAACUAAAGAAAAAUCAAAGAGAAAGGGCAGGGGAAAUGUAGUUGACGAGGAGGAUGAUGACACCCGGGAUGAGGCUCCUAAGAAGUGGAGUGAUUACAGUGUGGAAUUUCACUUUCCUGAACCUAGUGAGCUUACACCUCCACUCUUGCAACUUAUUGAUGUCAGCUUCAGUUAUCCCAACCGGGAAGAUUUCAGGCUGUCUGAUGUUGAUGCCGGUAUUGAUAUGGGUACUCGUGUUGCCAUUGUUGGGCCUAACGGAGCCGGAAAGUCUACACUGCUCAACCUUCUUGCUGGUGAUUUGGUUCCUAGUGAGGGUGAAGUAAGGAGAAGUCAGAAGUUGAGGAUUGGCAGGUAUUCACAGCACUUUGUGGACCUCCUGACAAUGGAAGAAACCCCAGUAUCAUACCUUCUUCGGCUUCAUCCUGACCAAGUGGGAUGUAGCAAGCAGGAGGCUGUGCGUGCGAAGCUUGGAAAGUUUGGACUCCCUGGCCACAACCAUCUGACUCCUAUUGCAAAACUAUCCGGGGGACAGAAAGCUCGAGUUGUCUUCACAUCGAUAUCCAUGUCAAAACCACACAUUCUGCUUUUGGAUGAACCGACGAACCAUUUAGACAUGCAGAGCAUUGAUGCAUUGGCUGAUGCAGUCGACGAAUUCACUGGUGGGGUUGUACUGGUCAGUCAUGACUCUAGACUUAUAUCAAGGGUGUGCGAGGAUGAAGAGAGGAGUCAGAUUUGGAUUGUUGAAGAUGGUACUGUGAUGAAAUUUGAUGGAAGUUUCAAUGAGUACAAGAAGGAGCUACUAGAACAAAUCAAAGCUGAGGUUGAUGAGUAAAGCACCACGGCCUGCAUUAUAUUUUAUGAUAAACGUAAGCUUCUAGAAUCGUAUGCAGACAUUUCUGUUUUUGGUGAUUGUA